CGUUACAGUUUUGUUGUUUUUUUUUUCAGUAAUAAAAUUGUGAAGUGUUGGAAUUUCUUUUAUUUAAACAAUACAAAUUGUUAUAUUUAAUAAUAAAAACACUUAAAAAUUAAAGAAAUUAAACAUGUCUAACGAUUGGGAUGAAGUAAAACGUUUAGCUGCUGACUUUCAAAAGGCACAAUUAACAUCAACUUUACAAAAAUUAUCCGAACGUAAUUGUAUAGAAAUUGUUACCUUACUAUUGGAAAAGAAACUUUUAGAGGUAAUAUUUACCAAUGAUGGUAAAGAGUACAUAACACCAGACCAUUUGGAACGUGAAGUACAAGAUGAGUUGUAUGUCAAUGGGGGUAGAGUUAAUUUGGUGGAAGUUAGUAAAACCUUAAAUGUGGAUUUGACUAGGAUUGAAGAGGUGGCUAAUAAAAUCGCUUUGGAAAGUCCCAAUGUACAUUUUAUUUUGGGACAACUUAUAGACGAGGAUUAUAUCACCUAUAUAGCUCAAGAAAUCAAUGAGAAAUUAUUACAAAAAGGUGAAAUUUCGGUUAAUGAUUUAACCGAACAAUUUGAUUUACCUUCGGACUUUUUGCUGACUCAUGUGCUGGAAAAACAUUUGGGUAAAAUCAUUAAGGGUCGUCAAGAUCCCUCAAAUCCUAAGAUAUUCUUUACUCAAGCCUAUUUACAAAGAUGUAAGGCUAAAAUACGUGGUGCUUUGGCGGCUCUUACACGUCCUACAAAUGUUUCGGUAAUUUUACAACAGACCAAUAUACAACAGAAAAUAUUCCAUACUUUGGUGGAUGAAAUCAAUCCUGCUGGCCAUGUAACCUCUAAACAGGCUAAUGCUCAAUACGUGCCUAACAUUUAUGCUAAAAUGCAAGCGGAUUGGGUUAAUAAUUUCUAUCGUCAAAAUGGUUUCUUGGAAUAUGAUGCCAUUAACAAGUUGGGCAUUACAAAUGCCAAACAAUUUAUCACUAAACAAUUUCCCGAUGAGGAACUGUUGUUUUUAAAACGUUGUGCGGUUAGUUCAAAACUAGUAGAACUUACUGUUAUGCCCGCUUUGACAGCAGCCAAACAAUUUAUCGAUUUAUCUUCUCUGCUGCCCUCUAACAUGUCCUCCUCCGAUCGUGAGGAAUUGUUUGAUGCUAUAAUGUCCAAAAAUCAAGCCACCUUCUCCAAUUUCGUGCUAAUCGGUUCUUUAGGUGCUUCAGUGGUAUUUACACCUCAAUAUUUAGAAGAAUUAACUUUACCCUGCCGUGAAUUAGCUUGUGCCAAAGCCAAGACGGCAGUGGAAAAUGGUAGCUAUCAACAGCAUGUGGCCAUAAAACAAUUAUCAGCUAAAUCUGGUCAGCGUAAAGAUUUUGACGAUGAUGAAAUAGUGGACAAACGUGAUGAACGCCGCAAGAAAGCUUCCUCCGGCAAGGCAGGUGGUGGUUCUCAAGGUCGUGAAACUAAAACCAAAUCCACUAAGAAACAUCAACGUGGUGGUAAGAAGGGAGGCAAAAACGAUUUCGAAAGUGAUGAUGAAGAUAACUUUGGUGGUAGCGGCACUGGUGGUGGUUCGUCAGGCAAUAAAAAACAACUAGAAUUGAUAACUAUUGCCGAUAUUGUCAAGGUUUUGAAUAAGGAAACAUCAGCAUUGGGCAUUGAUGAAUUAAACGAAGAUAUCGCGGCCAUGUAUCAUGAACAAUUAAAUCAACUUGCACUGGCUAAGGCCCAAGAACUAUAUGAAAUAACUUUGCAAAAGAGUGCGGCAGGCAGUGGACAAACUCAUGCUGGUGUCCAAGAGAAAAUCAAUACACUCUUAGUUGAUUUACGUCUAUACGAAAAGGGACUAAAGCUUUUCCCUGUGGCAACACAAGCAGAUUUAAUCAAAUAUUUACUAAAAUCUUUGGGUAAUGAUAUGUGUAAUGAAUUGAUGGCCUAUAUAGCUCACGAAUGUCAAAUUGAAUUAAAAAACACAAAUCUAAAUGUAGAUCAACGUAAUAAAUUGGCUCAAGAAUGUGGAGGUGAUUACAAACCAGCUUUAAUGGAAUUAAAUAAGGCUCUCAAUAAGUCAAUUGAUGAAUUUGUUUUGGCCACGGAAGCGGUUUUGAAAACUUGCAGCAUGAUUGUUAAGAAAGUUGACAAGAAAAAAGAACGUCCCUUAAUCAUACAGCAUCGUGAAAAGCUCUUGGAACAAUUGCAACAAUGCUCAGAACCCGCUUUAAUAUUGCAUUUAACAGCUUUGAUCUUAUUUACCACCAUAACUGGUUGUAUUCUUCAUGCUAGUGGUAAAUUUGUAUCACAAAUUUUAGCCUUUAUUAAUAGCUCCUUGUCCGAUGAACAAAAUAAACUUUUAACACAAUAUCAUGAUUUGGUCAUUAGCGUUUUACGUUUGUCCUCGGAUUCUCAAGAAUAUUCCGCAGCUAGUUCUGAUUUACAGGAAUUAGAACCUAAAAUUAAGCAAUUGGCUGCAACAUUUGAAAAACCUGGUCUUUCUAAAACCGACUAACUAGCAUUUCCGUAUUUAGUUGCUUAAGUAAAUAAUAGUUUUGUUUUACUCUAGUUUUUCUUUUUGGCCAUUUUAAGAAUUUGUAAAUAAUAAUUAAAUUCCAUUUUAUUAAUUUAA